AUGACUACAGCGUCUCAACAACACGCAAUUCCCACACAAUAUCUUCUCUCCCCAGUCUCCCGACCCUCAGCCUACAUCUCCAUCAGAAAUGCCACUACCGAGAUCAACAUAAACCUCACCGCCAACAAAACCCUCGCCCUCCUCCUCUACACGCAGACCACCAGCCCCGACCCAGCCAUCGACUUCAAGGUCUGCACCGUCGGUCCCACCGCCGACCACCAACCCCCGAACCACUGCUUCGACCAAUGGGGCAACAACGUCACGCAGGCCGCCCUGCAGAUCGACAACGACUACGCCGGCCAGGCCUGGAACCGCACGUGGGCCGACCUUGACGGCGGCGGCGGUGGUGGCUGGACGCUUCGCAGCGACUUCGCGGGCCCAGCCAGACCCCUAGCCGUCGACACCGACGGCAUUGACGUCGUCGUGGAGCAGGGCGAGGGCAAUGGCGAUGGCGACGCGAACGCACUGAGGGCGUUCGUUGACCCUGCUGGUGUAGUAACAUCUGCAUCCACAUUGACGUCAGCGACGAAAACCAAUUCCAUCAGCACCACGGCGGCAUCAGCAUCAGCAUCAGCAGGUGCCACAGAAGGACGCGGUGAAGCAUCCCGCCAUAAAGGACUGGCCAGCGGCGCGAUCGUCGGGACCGUCAUCGGCGCCCUAGCAGUUCUCGUGAUCCUGCUGUCGGCGCGCCAGAGGCGACGGAAGCGGCGCGCCUCUGGCCCUAGACUGCCGGGCGUGCAUGACACCGCUACGGGCGGCAACGAGCUCGAGCUCGGCGCGGACGAGAAGACUGUACGGGAAGCACCGGGAAAACCGCUGGUGGCGGAACUAAAGGGGGAUCCGCCUGGUCAUGGGAGCGAGCUGGAGGGGAAUGCGGCGAAGAUGCACCGUCACCUGCUGAGAGGGGGGCAGGUUGUAUGA